GCGCAUGCGCGCUGGCGCCCCUCUGCGCCGCCGCGCCUCCAGCUGCCCUGGUUACCGUGGGUGUUUGUGGAUUCCCCGCAGAGCCUGCCGCGCCGGGGACCUGAGGCGCCGGGCUUUCGUAGCGGUUCGGCACGCGCGCGCCCGCCCGCGCCUCGCGGUCCCGGCUGGGCGGCUGAGCCGGGAGGGACCCGCGGCCGCUUCUCGCCCUCCCACUGCUCUCUCAGGGCGGGCACGCGGAUAAGAUGGCGAAGUGGGGGUAGCCGGCGCGGAGCCUGAGGCGAUGGGGCGCGCCGGCGGGGCGGUCGUUGGAGCCUCCUGACGCGGGCGCGGGGUUGUGCUCCGCGGCAGUUUGAACUGGCGACCUCGGGCCGGCGCCCACUAGGUCAGACCACGGACUCCGCGGGUCGCUGUAGGCCCCGCCGAGAGUCGGAGGCGAUGGAUGAACAGAGUGUAGAGAGCAUUGCUGAGGUUUUUCGAUGUUUCAUCUGUAUGGAGAAAUUGCGGGAUGCACGCCUGUGUCCUCAUUGCUCUAAGCUUUGUUGUUUCAGCUGUAUCAGGCGCUGGUUGACAGAGCAGAGAGCUCAAUGUCCUCAUUGCCGUGCUCCACUCCAAAUACGAGAACUAGUAAACUGUCGUUGGGCAGAAGAAGUAACACAGCAGCUUGAUACUCUUCAACUCUGUAGUCUCACCAAACAUGAAGAAAAUGAAAAGGACAAAUGUGAAAAUCAUCAUGAAAAACUUAGUGUAUUUUGCUGGACUUGUAAGAAAUGUAUCUGCCAUCAAUGUGCACUUUGGGGAGGAAUGCACGGCGGACAUACUUUUAAACCUUUGGCGGAAAUUUAUGAGCAGCAUGUUACAAAAGUGAACGAAGAGGUAGCUAAACUUCGUCGGCGUCUCAUGGAACUCAUCAGCCUAGUUCAAGAAGUGGAAAGAAACGUAGAAGCUGUAAGAAAUGCAAAAGAUGAACGUGUUCGGGAAAUUAGGAAUGCAGUGGAGAUGAUGAUUGCACGGUUAGAUACACAGCUGAAGAAUAAGCUUAUAACACUGAUGGGUGAGUGUUUUUCUAUGCAACUGUUGUAACUGGGGCUUCAGGUU